CCGGGUUUCAGCAGUCCGCUCCAGCUUCAGCGCCUUCAACACACACACACACACGCACGCACGCACGCGCGCGCACACCCACCCACCCACACACACAUACACGGAGACACAUCUACACGCGCGCGCACGCAUACACACACACACUCUCUCUCGCUCACUUGCAUACGGACGCACGCACGCGCGCAUCGCAGGCGCGCAUUGAUCGUGGCUCCUUUAAGAAAGAAAAAAAAAACUCAGGCAGAAUUAUCAGCCCACCUCCCGCUCGAGCUCAUUUAGAACCUUUUUUUCUUCUCUGCUUUUUUUGCAUAAAGAAGAAAAGAGAGACAGAGGGAGAGAAAAAAACAACUCGCGAGAGAGAGAGAGAGAGGUGCGGUAAGCGCGUACGUCGUGCUGCUCUUGAGCAUUUGAGCGGUUCUCGCGCGGCGGCGUCUGUGUGAGAGAGUGUGUGUGCGAACCGGCGGAGCCGCAACGGAGGAUCAUCAUCAUUCAUUCAGCACUUUGACAAGCUUCGCCUUUUUGACUGACAACCGGAGUGACGAUCCAGAGAGACAGAGAGAACCAGAGAAAGAGAGAGAGAAGACAAGCCAUGGGACUCGCUUGCUGUGUUUGACGCUGCGUUUCCACGUCGCACCGGUUUGGGAGCGGAGCGUCGCUCGGUGCUCAGGAGCUAUUCGCCGAAGUUGAGCGGCAAGGACCGGCCUCAUCGCGCCAGACGAGCGCUGUGGAUUUUCCCCCUUUUUACCUCUCCUCCUCCUUCUCCUCCUUCUUUUCUCCGUCUUGUUUCUCGAGCGAGCAUAGCCUCCAGUUUGGAAUUGGCGUGUGUCGUCUCCUGGUCCACGCUGGCCUCUUAUCUUAGGGAAUAUACCUCGCCUUGAUCGAGUGUGGUGAGGAGCGCGGAGGGCGAUGGCGCAGAGGUACGAAGACCUGCCCCACUACGGCAUGGACGGGGUAGGGAUCCCCACCACCAUGUACGGGGACCCCCACGGCGCGCGCUCCAUGCAGGCAGUGCAUCUAAACCACGGCGCUCAGCUGCACGCGCACCAGUACGCGCACGCGGCUCACCCCAACGCCAUGGCGCCGGGCAUGGGUAGCUCCGUAAACGACGCGCUCAAGAGGGACAAGGACGCCAUUUACGGGCACCCGUUGUUUCCACUGCUAGCACUGAUUUUUGAGAAAUGUGAAUUAGCGACGUGCACCCCCAGAGAGCCCGGGGUGGCGGGAGGAGACGUGUGCUCCUCAGAGUCCUUCAAUGAAGACAUAGCAGUGUUUGCAAAACAGAUCAGAGCAGAAAAGCCAUUAUUUUCAUCAAAUCCCGAGUUGGAUAAUUUGAUGAUUCAAGCCAUUCAAGUUUUACGUUUUCAUCUUUUGGAGCUGGAGAAGGUGCACGAGCUAUGCGACAACUUCUGCCACCGCUACAUCAGCUGUUUGAAGGGCAAGAUGCCCAUUGACCUGGUCAUCGACGAGAGAGAAGGUGGCUCCAAGUCGGACAGUGAGGAGAUCAGCAGAUCCUCAGGACCGCUUGAUCAGACCUCGUGGAACAGAGACCACGAUGACACAGCAUCCACGCGCUCCGGGGGCACGCCAGGACCUUCUAGUGGCGGACACACAUCACAUAGUGGGGACAACAGCAGUGAACAAGGCGAUGGUCUGGACAACAGCGUGGCCUCCCCCAGCACGGGCGACGAUGAUGACCCAGACAAGGAGAAGAAGAGGAAUAAAAAACGCGGCAUCUUCCCCAAAGUAGCAACCAACAUCAUGCGGGCAUGGCUCUUUCAGCACUUGACGCACCCGUACCCAUCAGAAGAACAGAAAAAACAACUGGCACAAGACACCGGUCUUACCAUACUACAAGUGAACAACUGGUUCAUUAACGCAAGAAGAAGAAUAGUGCAGCCAAUGAUCGACCAGUCCAACCGAGCAGUAAGUCAAGGAGCUCCCUACAACCCAGAUGGUCAGCCCAUGGGAGGCUUCGUGAUGGACGGCCAGCAGCACAUGGGAAUCAGACCACCUGGACUGCAGGGCAUGCCAGGGGACUACCUGUGUCACAGCGGCACGAUGGCCAUGGGCAUGGUCCAGCCAGCCUACGGCGGCCCCCAGCUCCCCCACCACUCUGGCCAGCUGCGGCCUGGGCCUCCCAUGCGUUCCUACAUUCCUGGACACCCCCAGCACUCAGCAAUGUUGAUGCAUGGAGGACCACCCCACCCUGCCAUGCCCAUGUCAGCCUCAAGCCCCCCUAUGCUUCCCCCAGGAGACCCCACCAUGGGCGGACAAGUCAUGGACAUCCACGCCCAGUAGUUUGCUACAACAAACGGACCCUCGAUACGGCCGUGCUCGAGACAGGGAACUGCGAUUGGUUUGUUUCUGGUGCUCAUCCGGCAACUAUUAUGUGCUGACUCUGCUGCAGAAACUGAAGAGCUCUGUUCUUAAGCAUGAACUGGGUUUAAGAAAGGAGCCAGCCUCUGCGCACCAUGGGACACUCACAAUGGAUGUGCCCUACACAAAGAGAGGAGAUCAAACCAAGAGAAAGAGAAAGAUUGAAAUUAUUACUAUAUCAACUCCUAAAGGGGGAGGGAGGAGGCGAAUCUGUAUACUGUUGUAAAAUUUUGGACUCAUAUGAGAACUGGGAAUUAAGUAUUGUAAAUGCUAUCGUAUUGUUCUGCAUAUUAUGUUGUUUCUAAUAGAUUUUUUUUAAAAAAGGAUGUGAACUUUUUUCUUUCCACACUAUGUGUGUGCCAUCUCCAUAGACUUUUGACCUCCUCCCUAAAUCACCUUGCGUUUAAAAGGAAAAAAAUAUGUGAAUAAAUCAAUAAUUGGUUGAA